CCUCGAUUUCGACACCACACACUUUACCGCAAGGAAAUGCGUAGAAAGUGAGAAGAAAUGACCGAAAAGUCGUGGUUCGAAACUAUUUUCUGCUGUUGUUGCCAUCGUACACCUAUUAUCAGACGAGAAAUCAAACUCGGAUGUUUUGGCAUCGGAAGCGCCGGAAAAACCACAUUUUUGAAAGUUCUCAAGGGAGAAGAUCCGCGGGAUUUGCUCCGUACCAACGGGUUCUCCACAGUGAAAAUGGAGUAUGAUGAGACUUUUCAUUUGACGAUCUACGAUGUUGGCGGGGAUAAGGGAAUACGUGGAAUUUGGAGCAAUUAUUAUGCUGAGGUUCACGGAAUCAUCUAUGUGAUUGAUUAUUCAACGGAUGAGACAUUCACCGAGUCGAUUGAGGCUCUCCACUCCCUAACCAGCAAUCCACAUGUGCAGAAAAAGCCAAUUUUUCUGCUCCUCAACAAUCAGAACAAUCGAGAAUUUGAUGACGUGGAAAUUUCGAAUGAAACUAAAAUCCAGGCGGGACAACACAAAAUCGUACUUUUCUCGCAUUUCAACAAGUAUAACGGAUAUCUUGAUAACAUAAAAAGUGCCACAUUGACGGUGAUGGCGAGGGCGAAAAAGGAUAGAAAUGAGUAUCAGGAGCAGUUUGUCAGAUUCAUCGAUUCUAUUUCUGAGCACUAUGUGGAAUUAUCCGAGGGUGUUAAAACCGCCGAGUUGGCGUUGAGGAUCCGUCAGGAAGAAGCCAAAGAACAACGGAGACUGAUGCAAAUGAAAGUGGAGCACGAUGCUUUGAAAGCCGACGUGGCUGGCCUGGAACUUCGGAACCAACCACCUGUGCAACCACCGAUCCCGCCUGAUCCUCCAUCGGAUCCGAAGUCCGCGUCGGUUCAUAUUGAAGAAAGUCCGCCGAUGUCGCUUGCCAGCUCGACAAUACCAUCAGAUAUCAUUCAGAGCACGCCUGAAACAGGAACUCCACGAGAUCCUGUAAAAAUCUCACAAACAAGCACGAAGCCUGUUUCGCCGGAAUCUAACAGUGUUAAAGAAGAGCCAACUAUCAUUCUGAAAGACAACUAUUUCUUGCCACCAAAAGCGCCUGGUCGACAAUAUAGCCGGAUACAAAGGAUUCAAAACGUUCUGAACAAUCGAGUAGUGCCAAAAUAACCUCCUUUUUUCACUUUUGAAGCCAUAAACACUUUCUUGGUGUUG